AUGCCGGCGAGCGACUAUGAUGCCCGCGCUCUUGCGCUCCCAUUGGACGAUGAAGAAACAGGCCAGACGCCAAUAUGGAGUCGACGUUCGCAAUCAUCGACCUUUCGGCGCAAUCCCUCGCAUCACAGCCAGCAAAGCACAUGGCGGCAGCGUGCCAUGGACAAGUACGAUACACUGUCGCGACGAGUCCUGGAUCAAUACAAUAAACUAUCUCCCCUGCAGAAAGUGCUGUUCUUCGUAGGGAACUUGGUGUUGGCAGUAGGCGGCAUACUGUUCUUGGUGUACAAUGAGCGCAUAUUUGGGGCCUUAUUACCCGUUGCGAAGAAGUGGAGAGACGUCACGGCCGGGUGGCUGAUACUCUGGGCCUUGAUCUUUACAGUAUCGUUCCCGCCAUUAAUCGGAUAUUCGAGUUUACUCACCAUUGCCGGCUUCGUCUAUGGCUUUCCAAAUGGAUGGUUCAUAGCUGCAACAGCAACAGUCGCCGGCAGCACAGCCUCCUUCCUCCUCUCACGCACCCUCCUUAAAAACAUGGUCCAACGCCUCAUAGCAAAUGACACGCGCUUCGCCGCCCUCUCCCUAACCCUCAAACACGAUGGCCUUAAACUCCUCAUCAUGUACCGCCUAUGCCCACUACCAUACUCCAUUUCCAACGGUGCUGUCGCAACCUUCCCAACCGUACACUGGGCGUCGUACGCUCUAGCCACCGCCAUUGUAUCACCAAAGCUGAUGCUGCACAUAUUCAUUGGUAGCCAACUUGAGAAGAUUGCCGAGAGUGGAGGCAAGAUGGAUCCCAGCACUAAAGCUCUAUCCUACGUCUCCAUCUUCAUUGGUCUCAUUGCGGGCGUUACCACAGGCUGGCUCGUAUACCGCAAGACCAAGGCCCGCGCUGCACAGCUGGAAGCUGAAGAGCGUGCAGGUAUCCGUCGCAUGAGUAUCGAAGACUUGGAGAAUGAAUACGCAGACGACCCGGGAGCAUUGGAAGCUGCCGAACGGUUACGCGAGGAAGAUGAUGACAUCAGUCUCCGGACAACCUGGGACGAUGAGUACAGAGAUGAGCCACCGGAGACGGGUGAUGCCGUGGAAAUCGGCGAUGACCCGUUCAAGGAUGGUGAUGCAAGUGACAGCGAGGAACGAUGA